AUGACUGACUCUCAAAGUAAAAGAAAGAAAAGCCUUAAACUUGCACUUCCUACCCGCGGAUAUUAUGCAGAGCUCAUCGCAGAUUUAAACUACGAAAACAGGAUCAAAACUUUGACUGAGCUUCCAGGUGCCACCAAAGCCACGAAACUAAUAUGGCAGAUGAGAACAGAGAAACACACUCCUAUUAUAAGAUCUUUAGAUCCUCCAGUCAAGAGAGCUGCUUUAGCACCAGCAGAAAGAUGGAUGACAUUUGAAGAAGACAAGACUAUUAGCUUUCCUGUCGACACGUUCAAACCAAAAGUUCAGUUGCAGCAUAAAGUUGAACCCAAAACUCUCCCUAGGAGUGUAGCAAUUGAAAGAUGUCGUAGAGAAUAUCAGAGUCAAGAUCUAAAAGAACUUUUGAAAAUAAGAGAUAUAGAAAACACCGAUUUAAUGCCUAUAGAUCUAAUAAGGGAACAUGUGCCUGAUAAAACAUGGAUUGGAUUUUUGCCAUUGGAACUAUUUGACAACGAAGAGUUUGACAUCAGAACCCCUGAAAAUUGGCUGCAACAUGGUGUCAUCGACAAUGUUCACCAUGCUCUGCCUGCUAUAGCAUUUGUACCAAGCACCCCACCAAACAACGAGUCCGUAGAAUUCUUGGCCUCUAGAAGCAGAUUAGAUUUGGUGUUAAGUGAUAUGUACGACUGGAUCAACGUAGCUGUGAGCGAUUACAAUCCAGGAAUCAGACGUUGGACUGUGAUGACUUUAGAUGGACAUCAAAGGGUUUUCAAUUUGCACAGACUUUAUAUUAUGUUCUACGCUGAAGAUCCAGUUAAUUUUGCUAAUAGACUGGAAGCGGCAUUGAAGCUUAAGGCUGAAACAGAAAAUUUAAUAAGGUAUGAGUUUUUCCUCGACUGUAUAUCUUUGGAAGGUGUAGAUGGCUUUGAUGAAGCUUCAUUGAAAAAAAUUGUUCAUUUAGCAACCAGAGGGAUGGGUAAGAAAAUAAGCAAUACAGAGAAUUUUCAAACGUUAUUGUCCAAUGUAGAACUAUAUCACAAGAGAACAAUAGGUGGUUUAGAAUUUGAAAAGAACUUCAAAGAGCAACAUGAUAUUAAAAAUCUGUGGGUUCCGGCUAAAGAAAAAGAGAAAGUUCCCCAAUAUAUUGAUACGAAUAUGAAGGAUUUUCCAAAGGUCAGAGAUUAUUUUAGAUGGUACAAUAUCUACGUUCUACCAGAAACUUAUAGAGCCAUGUCGUACGUGAAUGCAGAAUGUCACAAAACAGCACAAAUGUCCCUGUUUACUGCCAGCUAUGGGUCCAGAUAUGUUUCUUUGGAUGAAUUCGAAUCUAUCCAGAAUUUAGCUACAAGCGUUUUGUUAAAACAAUUAAGGGGGCCGUGGAUUGAGUCUAUAAUAUACAACAUCCGUAUGUGUUUAGGAGAUAUAGGCAAAGGAUGGUUUGAUAUAAACGAGAAAGUCUUCGAAACAUACGAGAUUUCCAAGUUAAAACGUUUCAUGGAGUUGGUUAAGUUCAGAAUGCAACAUACCCUUCGGUUGUUGGUGGAAAAUUCUUUAAAUACCUUCAUAACUUUGGUAGAAACUCCUUGUUUGACGUGUUUACAAGUUGAAGAGGACUAUGAAUGGGGCAUCGAUUUAAUUAACAGUCCUUUCAUAUCCAAGACACAGCCAAUAUUCAGUUUACAGUUAAAAAUGCAGGAAUCUGGAGCAUAUUAUUCGACAAGCCCAGAAAAUUUUCAGAUCAUUUUACUGAAACUAUUCGACGAAGCAUUAAAACAAACGCAUCAGAUCAAGCAAGUCCAUCCUUUUCUAAUGAGCAACUUACGCUUUCCGAAAGAUCUAAAUUUAUCUUCGGUUGGACUACUAGCUCCCGAAGUUUGUCAAAUUAGAGACCGAUUUGUUUUGGCUUACGAGAAAGCUCUGAUACCUCUAAAAGCGUAUGCUCGAAAGUAUAAUAUGCAUUUGGAACUUUUCAACAUGGAUGUCAAUGCAUUUAUAGAGACGUACAGGCAAGAACAACAUUCAGCUUUUGAAGUAAAAGAAGAAGUUGCCAAGCAAGUCCGUCUUAAGUCCAGUCUGGAAUCUACUCUUCCCAUUAUCAUUUUCAUAGGGCCGUUCCAUGUUUCGGUAGACUAUCUAAGAAAUAUUUUGAUUAAUAAAAGACAAGAUAUAAUAAUUAAACUACUCGAUGCGUUUGCCGAAAGAAUGAAAGAAAAUAUAGAGGAAAUUCUUCGUGAAUUUAAUAAUAUUGUGAAUAGACUUAAAGAAAAACCAGAUAGUAUUGAACGAGUCUAUGAGAUGAGGGAUUGGAUAGAAACCAUCCCGAUGACAUUAAAGCAGCUAGAAGAAACUACAAGGAGAUAUGUUAUGGAAUAUGAAAUAUUAGACAUAUUCUGGUAUUCUUUACAAAACGAAGAUUUUGCCAACAAAUGGAUUGCUGUAGGAUGGCCUUUAAAAGUACAGCAAGAAGCCGAAGCUACAGAAAUCUUCUUGAAAGAGGAAGAGGAGCGAUUCUAUAAAAUACAGCUCACCGAUGAGUUUUCUCUCCAAGAUAGAAUCGACACAUUGACAGCACAAGUUGUGGCCAUGUCCCAGCUAAGAGAUUUUGCGAGGACUAGCGAUAUAGCCUUAAACAUGCGAAAACUGUGGAAAUCUAUGAAAGAAGCCCAAGAACAAGGUCAAUUGCUAAAUCAAAGGCAAAAACUCUUUGGGGUUCCUGUUGUACCGUGGGACAACCUCAUCAGACUUAUGAAGGAAUUCGAACCUUACAAAAAUUUAUGGGGAGGAGCAUCAGAUUGGCUGAGAGCGCACGAAAUCUGGAUGGAUAAUCCCAUCAACCAGAUUGAUGCAGAAACUAUAGAACACACUGUUAGUGAUAUGUAUAAAAUGAUGGUGAAAUCGAUAAAAACUUUUGCGGACAUUCCCACCAUGCAGAACGUUGCGAUUGAGAUAAAAAACCAGAUUGAUGAUUUUAAACCAUUGAUACCUCUUCUUCUGGCCCUGAAAAAUCCCGGUAUGAAGGAGAGACAUUGGGAACAGUUUGAACAAGAAACAGGUAUUUUAUUGGAUUUCACCACUGGUAUUACCUUCCAAGAUUGCCUAACUAUGGGCGUUGGAGAACAUGCAGACAAAAUGGGCAAUAUUGCCGACAAAGCUACUAAGGAAUAUACCAUAGAACAGACCUUAAAUAAAAUGAUGGGAGAAUGGGAAGAUGUCAAACUGGAAUUGACACCGUACAAAGCUACAGGAACUUUUAUAAUGAAAGUUUCCGAUGAAAUUCAGCAGUUACUAGACGAUCAAAUUGUCCUUACUCAGCAAAUAUCCUUUAGUCCAUUUAAAGGACCAUUCGAGGAACUUAUUGAUGAUUGGGAAGAGAAGCUAAAAAUCACAGCCUAUGUUAUUGAGGAAUGGAUGGACGUCCAAAAGCAAUGGAUGUAUUUGGAACCAAUUUUUACUAGUGAAGAUAUAACAAAACAAUUACCUGUCGAAAGUAAAAAGUAUAAUGCGAUGGAACGAACUUGGAAGAGAAUAAUGAGAAGUGCUGUUGAUAAUCCACAGAUUAUUGAAUUCUGUGGGAACCGUGCUCUGCUAGAAAGUUUGAAAGACGCAAACCACGUUCUACAAAUUGUUCAAAAAGGUCUGUCCGAAUACCUGGAAGUCAAACGCAUGAUAUUUCCGCGUCUCUUCUUCCUUAGCGAUGAUGAACUCUUGGAAAUUCUGUCUCAGGCACGAAACCCACUGGCUGUUCAACCUCAUCUAAAGAAAUGCUUCGAAAACAUCGCCAUGCUUACAUUCGAGGAAGAUCUACGCAUAACUCAAAUGUUUUCAGCCGAAGAAGAAUGUGUGGAUCUGGAUCCACCACUUUACCCAACCGGAAACGUCGAAAACUGGUUAGUGCUAGUUGAAAACUCGAUGAAAAAUACCGUUAGAACACAACUUGGGAAAUCUCUUUUAGAUCUACCACUAAAAGAAAGGAAGGAUUGGGUACUUAGUUGGCCAGGUCAAAUAGUAAUAGCGUGUAGUCAAACAUUCUGGACAGCUGGCGUAGAAAAAGGUGUUACAGAGAAUAUGCUAACAGUUUUCUUCACUGAAGUUAUGUUAGUUAAUUUGGACGCUCUUCGUGGAUUAGUUAAAGGAAAGUUGACAUUUGUUCAAAGAGAAAUACUAUCAGCUCUUAUUGUUAUAGAAGUACAUUCUAGAGACGUAACUCAGAAUCUGCUAGAUUUGAAAAUACAGAAUGUCAAUGAUUUUGAUUGGAUUAGUCAACUGAGAUAUUACUGGAUUGAAGAGCAAAUGAGAGUAAGAGCUGUAAAUGCUGAAUUUCCAUACGGUUACGAGUAUUUAGGGAACAGUGGUCGUUUGGUGAUCACUCCAUUGACUGAUCGAUGUUAUCUUACCCUAACUGGAGCUCUCCAUCUUAAAUUUGGUGGUGCCCCAGCAGGACCAGCAGGUACAGGUAAAACGGAAACAACAAAAGAUCUAGCGAAAGCAUUUGCCAGACAGUGUGUAGUCUUUAACUGCUCUGAUCAACUGGACUUCAUGGCAAUGGGUAAAUUUUUUAAAGGAUUGGCAAGUUCAGGAGCUUGGGCAUGUUUUGACGAGUUUAAUAGAAUUGAUAUAGAAGUACUUUCUGUG